AUGGAUCCAGCUCAUUCGUCUACUCCUUCCGCCCUUUCCGCCGCGAUUGACGGCAGCAGCGACGCGGCGUUAGAGGAGGCCAUCUCGUCCGCACAGACCGCCAUAGCGGGCCUCGUGCAAGCCGUCCACGUGGCGAAGCGCAAGCAGCUCCAGCUCCGCCGAUCGCGGGGAAACCGAAGCGACUCAGCGCGCGGCGAUCAAUCCCCCGUUACUGCAGUGACUCGCGCCGUGAACAACGGAACAACCACCUGUCCAAUCCACGCCGCAUAUUCCGCCUCUCCCGGCCCAGUAUGCAGGCCGCCUGUCCACUCCUCGCCGGCCUCCGCGGCAGCACCGGUCUCCGCCUUCCACAGCGGAGUCUCCGGGUUUGCUGGCGGGUCGAAUGCGGUUCCAGGCACUUCUGGCCGCUAUUUUCUACCAGCGCAUUUCGUAUCAGGCGAUAAUCGCGCCGCGAGCUGCGGCGGCGGCGCGAUGGGUGCUGCGGCUCUAUCAGGAGGCGGCAGCAUGUGGAGCCCCGUGAUUCCCGUUCCGCCGGCAUUCGCGGCGGGGUUCCACAUGCUGCCGCCCCCAGGGGUACCUUUCGCGGCGCCUCCGCCGGCGGCAGCCGCUCUGGCGGCUUUCCGCGGGUUUGACGGCGCUGCUGCCGCAGUUGCGCCGAGCGGAACCGCCAGUCCGUCGGGGGCAGUCCCUCUGGCGGGGAAGCGGCGUCGCGGGCGACCGCGCGGAUCAGGCGUGGGAAAUAAGCGGAGCAAAACGGCGGCGGUGGCGGCGGCGGCGGCGGCGGCGGCGGUUGUAGCGGGAGUGAAGCCGCUGGUCGCGUCUGCCACUGGCAGUGGUAGUGGCCGCGAGCUGAGUGCUCGGCGCAAGUCGCGCGGCGGGGACGACGGUAGCGCUGAUGCGGAGAGCGCCGAUUCCAAGAUUUCUGCGCAUUCAAAAACAGCGACGGAUGCGCCAGUCGCGGCAGAGGCGGCGGCAUCGGGCGCACAGGGCGCGCAGGGCGGGGGGACGCUGGGCGCGCAGGGCGCGGGGAUGUAUAAGGGCGUGCGGCAGCGGCGGUGGGGCAAGUGGGUGACGGAGAUUCGAGAGCCGAGCCGGCGGUCGCGCAUCUGGCUGGGGUCGUUUGACUCGUGGGAGGACGCGGCGCGCGUGUAUGACAUGGCCGCCUGGCUGCUGCGCGGGCCCAAGGCACAACUCAACUUCCCCCCGCCGCCGCCUCCUCCUCCUCCUCCCAAGGACAAGCCCUGCCACCCCGCCGCCGCUACAGCCGGUGCAGGUGAUGCAGUUGGUGCUGGUAAUGAUGAUGCGACAGUCGGCACGGCGGAAGGCUCUUCUGACAAAACCCCCCCGGCUCUCCUGCCCGUGCUGAUGCCGGCCGCUACAGCCGAGGCGCUGCUGACGGCGGCCCGUGGGUGCGCCACGUGGCAGGGCGCGGAGGACGCCAUUGCUGAGCUGGCAGCGGCGCUUAAAGCUGUGGAGGGCGAGGGGGGCAUGGUGGAGGUGACUGGUGGGGCGGCUGCUAGGCGCUUUGCGGCUGGAGAGUGGAUCGGGGAGCCGGCUGGGGCUGGUGCGGAAGAGUCUGGAGCGGUGGAGCGCGAUGCUGUGGGGGUGAAGGAGAGCGACUUGGAAGCGGCGUUGAAGCCACUGCUGGUUGGAGUGGAUGGGAGGAAGAAGGGGAGCGAGGAGCAGGAGAAUGGGAGCAGCUGUGAGGGGAUUGGGGGAGGUAGUGGAUCGGGCAGUGAGAAGAGCGUCGCGCCUUGCAAGAGCUUCUCUGGGAGCGACAGCGACGGCAGCGACAGCAGCGACAGCCUGCAGUCGUUUCUGGAGGGCAGCAAUGCCGGCAGCAUUGAUGCUGACGUGGAUGGCUCCACCGCUGGCUCCGCAUUCUCCUUCUGGCUGGACGGCGACUGCGACCUGGACUGCAUGCCCUCGCUGCUGCACGAGACGCCCCAUGACGAGCCCAUGACGAUGAUGAUGAUGGGCAAUCAUGCUGCUUUUUGCGAUGGCAUGGGCAUGCUGGAUGCUGUGCCGGCUGUAGCGGCUACAGCCAGCGGUUGCCUGGAUUCCUAUGAAGGGCCUGGUGCCGGGGUGUUUCAGCAGCUGGGCGAGUUCAGCCUGUGGGACCUCUAG